UUCUAAAGUGGGUUAGCUUCGCUCUGCCAAACAAAUUUAGUUUUAGUAUUGGCUGCGCGCUUGGUUUGCUGUCUGAACGACGCUUUGUUCAAAUUCGUUGCGUACAUUUGCGCGGGCAUGUUUAUAUCUAUUUAGUGUUUUUCUUUAUAUUUUGCUUUACGACAUACGGAAACAUGGGUUGUGCAAGUGGGCUCGUCAAGUAUUUAGUGUUUCUGGCUAAUUUACUUUUUGCGUUGAUUGGAUUAGGAUUAGUCAUCGUAGGAAUACUAUUCAAGCUCAACAUUGCAGAGGUUACCAGAUUGAUUCCAGGAGAUUUGGGAAUCGCACCAAUUUUAUCCAUAGUUCUGGGAGCUAUUGUGUUUAUAACGGCUUUUCUAGGAUGCUGUGGAGCAGUCAGAGAGAGUUCAUGCAUGUUGACAACAUACUCCAUAAUCCUCAUCACCAUCUUUAUAAUUCAAGUGGCGAUCGGAGUAUACGCUUAUCUCCAAAUCAAGAACGAAAACCAGUUGCGUUCCACCAUCAGGAAUAAAGUCGAUAGUACUUUCAACGAAGCCAGACAUAACCUUCCUGAAGCCUUAGAAGCUAGAAAUGUGCUCCAAAGAUGGUUACAAUGUUGUGGUGUUGAUGGGCCAGACGAGUACAACCAAAACUACCCUGACAGUUGCUGCAGAAUGGACAGGUGCCCUUCGCUGAAUAACGACAUCUUUAGCGACGGUUGUGCAAACAAACUGUACAACUUCCUGGUCAGCAAGUCGCAGCUAAUCGCUAAUAUCGCCAUUGGAGUUGCUGUUGUCGAGAUCAUUGGGGCAAUCUUUGGAUUGUGUCUCGCAAGUUCGAUAACAAGGGAGUAUCGAAGACAGAAUAGGUACGCUUAAGCAUGCGAUUGGAUCAAUAAAAUUGGAAAGAAAUUGAUUCAUAAUCGAAAUUUUGUAAGGAAUCUAAUUCCAGGAUAUGUUAAUAUUAUAUUUUUUAUAUGGCUAUAUAAAGGAGGAUAAAACCAGUGUAUCUGGCAAAUAAUCUUUUGCAAAUAUUGUCUGUAACCAGAAAAUAAUAUACUAUCUUUCUUCUAUAUGCUAUGAUCGCACAUCUGUUUUUUUUUUGGUACAAUAAUGACAGUCCAAGUCGUGACGUCAUGUCAAUGGACUGAGCUUAACGACCGUUUCUAAACAUUAAGAUAAAUAAA